AUGCGUGAGAUCACCCACAUCCAAGCUGGUCAAUGUGGUAACCAGAUUGGCGCUAAGUUUUGGGAAGUUAUUUCCGAUGAACAUGGCAUUGAUCCGACAGGAACAUACCACGGCGAUUCUGACUUACAGUUAGAACGCAUAAACGUUUACUAUAACGAGGCGACUGGUGGAAAAUAUGUCCCAAGAGCCAUCCUAGUUGAUUUGGAACCCGGAACCAUGGACAGCGUUCGAGCUGGUCCCUUUGGCCAGUUAUUCAGGCCCGAUAAUUUCGUCUUUGGACAGAGUGGUGCUGGAAACAACUGGGCUAAGGGUCAUUACACAGAAGGCGCCGAACUGGUCGAUUCAGUUCUCGAUGUGGUUCGCAAAGAAGCCGAAUCUUGUGACUGCUUACAAGGCUUUCAACUUACCCAUUCUCUGGGCGGUGGCACCGGUUCCGGCAUGGGCACCCUCCUUAUCUCCAAGAUACGAGAAGAAUAUCCUGACCGUAUAAUGAAUACUUUCUCCGUUGUACCUUCGCCCAAGGUGUCUGAUACUGUUGUAGAACCAUACAAUGCCACACUUUCCCUUACCACUCCGACCUACGGAGACCUCAAUCAUCUUGUUAGUGCGACUAUGUCUGGCGUAACGACUUGUCUACGUUUCCCUGGUCAACUAAACGCUGACCUUCGCAAGUUGGCUGUGAACAUGGUACCCUUCCCGCGUCUCCACUUCUUUAUGCCGGGUUUCGCGCCACUAACUAGCCGUGGUAGUCAGCAGUACCGCGCAUUAACCGUUCCUGAGCUGACCCAACAAAUGUUUGACGCCAAGAAUAUGAUGGCCGCGUGCGAUCCACGACACGGCCGGUAUUUAACAGUGGCAGCCCUCUUCCGUGGUCGCAUGUCAAUGAAGGAGGUCGAUGAACAGAUGCUUAACGUGCAGAACAAGAAUUCGAGCUACUUUGUGGAAUGGAUUCCGAAUAACGUUAAGACGGCUGUUUGCGACAUUCCCCCACGGGGUCUUAAGAUGUCUGUCACUUUUGUCGGCAACAGUACAGCUAUUCAGGAGCUCUUCAAACGUGUGAGCGAACAAUUUACUGCCAUGUUCAGAAGGAAAGCUUUCUUGCAUUGGUACACGGGUGAGGGCAUGGAUGAGAUGGAAUUCACUGAAGCUGAGUCGAACAUGAAUGAUCUGGUAAGCGAAUAUCAACAGUACCAAGAUGCAACGGCAGAAGAAGAGGGUGAAUUUGAAGAAGAGGAGGAAGGUUAA